AUUCAGCUACCCCAGAUAAACUACAAGGAGGAGAGCAAGAGCUGCGAAAAAAUACAAUUUUCGAUCAGAAAACAAGGACUUAACACAAUGGGCAAUAUACACACUGUGGGGCCAAAUGAAGCUCUGGUCAUUUCGGGUGGCUGUUGUGGGGCACAGAACAAGAAGAUGACUAUAGGAGGCUGGGGCUGGGCCUGGUGGCUGGUCACAGAUGUACAGAGGAUCUCUCUGGAGGUGAUGACCUUGAACCCAGUUUGUGAACACGUGGAGACAUCGGAGGGCGUGCCCCUGACCGUUACGGGUGUGGCACAAGUCAAGGUGAUGACUGACCCACCAGACCUGCUGCAGACCGCGUGCGAGCAGUUUCUUGGGAAGCGUGUGGAACACAUCGAACAUGUCAUUCUGCAGACACUGGAGGGUCAUCUCAGAGCUAUCCUGGGGACCUUAAGUGUGGAGGCCAUCUAUCAGGACAGAGAUCAAUUUGCCCAGCUGGUCAGGGAAGUUGCUGCCCCAGACGUGGGGAAAAUGGGCAUUGAAAUCCUCAGCUUCACCAUCAAGGAUGUUUACGACACCGUGGAGUACUUGUCAUCUCUGGGUAGAGCUCAGACAGCUAACGUGAAGAGGGAUGCCGACAUUGGGGUGGCAGAGGCCAACAGAGAUGCAGGAAUUAGGGAAGCUGAGUGUGAGAAGGCCAGGAUGGACAUGCGUUAUGCAGCAGACACAAAGAUCGCAGACUCCUCUAGACUUUACCAGAUGCAGAAGGCCAACUUUGAUAUGGAAGUCAACGCAAGGAAAGCUGAGGCAGAGUUGGCGUAUGAACUCCAAGGGGCAAAGGAGCGUCAGAAAAUCCGUAAUGAAGAUGUGGAGAUUGAGGUGGUGGAGAGACGAAAACAGAUCGACAUUGAGGAGAAGGAGAUUCUGCGUAAAGAGAAGGAACUGAUGGCCACGGUCAAGUUACCUGCCGAGUCACAGGCGUACAAGGUGGAAACCAUCGCUGAGGGACAGAGGACUCAAACUGUGGAGAAUGCCAGGGCCGAGGCUGAGAGAAUCCGGCUGAUAGGCGGUUCUGAGGCAGCCGCCAUUGAGGCAGUGGGUAAAGCCGAGGCCGAGAAGAUGAGACUGAAGGCCUCUGCCUACAAACAGUACGGAGAUGCAGCUAUGAUCAGUUUGGUACUCGACACACUGCCUAAGAUUGCAGCUGAGGUGUCGGCACCUCUGAUGAAGACAGAAGAGAUUGUUCUGAUUGGGGAUGAUCGUACAACAGGGGAGGUAAGCAGGUUAGUCAGUCAGCUGCCUCCUGCUGUACAGGCCCUUACCGGGGUGGACUUGUCCAAGGUUUUGGGAAAAGUUCCUGGGGCUCAGUAGAGGUGACAACAUGCCUCAUUCUCACACAGCUCUGUUUCCAUGGAAACUUCUGACUUCAUAAACCACAAUUUGUCCAGCUGUUCAUCAUCACACCGACAGCCUUGUUAACAGAGACAAGAAUUAACUUUGCUGAAAUUGCGACUUUAUUUGGUUGUACGCAUAUAAAAGCGGAACAGAAGAAUUCAUUUCUUAGACUUCUCCGCUGACAGCAGCUGCUCAUGUGUGUUUUGUCUUUCUUCUUGUUUUUUUUCUCUGUUGGGUUGAUUAGUUUGGUGGGAAGGAAAGUAUACAUAUAUACUCUUGAAUAUAGGGCUAUUGUUGAUACUAUCCCAAUGUGUCUUUGCCAUCCUAAGUAGCAUUGAUAUUUUCCCCAGGUUCUUCCCCUUCCUUCUGUGAAGGGAUACAAUGCUGCCGCAAAUCAAACAUUUUAGCCAUAGGCAUUGUUGUAGUCAUGUGUGUGUGUCAGUUUCUCGGGGAAACUAAAAGUAGAUGAUAUGUGUAAAUAAAAAUAGACAUGAGCAGUAUGGAAUAUUGUUGAUUGUAUUAUACAUGUAGCUAUAGAGAACAUUACGGCUCUCGUGAUCUUUGUUACAAAGUGUGAGAUGGUUUCUCUCUUGUAUAUUCAGUGUAUGGUUUCAACUAUUUCUGGAGGUACAGAUCUUAAGGCAUGUAUUAGGGAGAUACUUUAAUUCUUCAACCUUUUUGCACUUUUGGUUUUUAGUCAAGCAUAUUCUGAAGGCAUUAUUCAGUGUGGACUGAUAAAAUUACACUUCUUGUGAAGUCCUGAAAUUGGUCAAUCUAACACACAUAUUUGUAUCUCCAAAAUCAAAUUAAUAAUGUCUAAAAAGGUUGAAGAAUUAGGGUAUGUUGUGAGCGACAAUAAAGUACCAAUAUAGAUAAGAUUUGUGAUAGUCCUGAACUGAACAGUGUCACAGGUAUGGCCCAAAGGAGGAUCUUCUGAUCCUACUCGGUGCUAAGCCAGUCAGCUUUGCAAGCUCCACCUCUGAUCUUUUGACAUUGAAGUUAAAAAUGGCUGAUCUCUGCUUAAUAUCAUUUAAAUCUGUGAUUUAAAUAAUGGUGGUAUUUUUACAUGUACCUACAUCAUUUCAUAUGUCUAAAAUCUGAUAGUGUAUAAAAGAGGGUUAUUUGCCCUGCGUAUAAGCAAAGUAUGCGAAUGUUUUAGAAUGAUGAUCAAAAAUUACAAAGGUUUUGAGAGACCAACAGGAGUGACUACUGUAAAUCUUCAACCUUUUCAACAAAGCACUUUUUUUCUGUGGAAUUUAUGCAUACAAUUGUUAUGAAAAUGAUACCCAAAUGAUUUGUUUGUGACAUUGAAGAUGCAAGUUUCAUAAAAUUGUGGAAAUUAUUUCUCCACGCCCCAUAGUCCUUUGAGAAUGUUUCAAUAUAUUGGUUGCAGAGGCUGUUGAAAAGAUCUAGGGUAUGUUGUGUUGCUCCAUUUUAUAAAGUCAUAAGUUAAGGCGUGGAUCUAUCUAUCAUUCAGGUGAACAACAGAAAGAACCACGUAGUGGUUUGUCAAGAUUUUGUCAUGAAUACUUAUUCAGAUUUGUGAACAUAUAAUGACCAAAUAUAUCCAAAUAAAUAAUUACAUCUUUUUACAUUUUUAAUUGUCACAACAUGGAAAGCAAGUGGAGGACUUUUGGUCAUGUGGUUCUGGCUUUUUUAGCAAUCAAAUGUGUUAACUGCAACUGUUGAAACACAAAAAGACGAGCAAGACUAGGGCAUGAAAGUCAUUCCCUUGCUAGUUGCUGGUGUUUUAUCAAGCAGAUAUCAUCAGUUUGAAAAUGUUGAUGUCAGUUUUUAUGGGAACCACACAUUUUUAAAAUGCUCAAAUUGUGUUCAUAAAACAGAACACGCGUAGGGUGUGAUACACUGACCAACAUGUGAAAUCAGUUAUGAAAUACCAGUGACCAUUUUUCUCGUAUUUUAAAGAAAUUCAUGAAGCUCUGAGAUGCAAGGACAGAGUCAGUAUGGUAAUUUUUAUAUUAUGUUACAUUUUCCCUGAGUUUUAAGGCAGCAGAAUAGUGUGUUGUGAAUGUUUGGAAAGUUGAAGUUCUAGAAGGUUCCAGUUCGCCCAUCUGACCUUGGAUACUUGUGCUUGCCUGUUUGAAUACUAAUCAUUGUCAAACAUUGUAACGUGCUGAAGAAAGUACCCCACUUUGGAGUCACGUAGCACUGUCCUGGAGGGCAUUUGUUUGACUCUUCAAACCAUUUCUGGAGAAUUUGAUACAGUUUAAGAUGGCAUCCUGCGGUAUUUUGAUCAGUCAGCUAACGGCAUGCAUUUUGCAUCCUUUGUGAAUACCUUAUCUUGCUCUGUGUUAUCAGACUUGACUUUUAACAGGACCUGUAUGGUCCAUAUUUUAAUAUUCGAAAAAAUGUGUCGCUCUUUACCAAUAGAAUAGACCUGAAAGAUUUUUACUUUUCUAGUGAUGAUCUGUCCUUAUAAUAUAUUAUUGUUUUUCAUCGUUAUACAUAUUCAUUGAUGUGAUUUUUUUUUACUCAGACUAAAAGGCAUAUUUAUUUCUACUUGGCUGAGGUGGACACUGUUUUCUUAAUUUUACUCUGUUAAUGUUUCGUUAUUUAUCCUGAACAGUUUGCAGGGGUUGGACAAACAGCAUGACUGAUCAUGAAAAGUAGUAAGAUACUGUUUGUGUAUGUGCAAUUGGUUAGAGGCAGAUGAAAAUUUUGAAAAUGAGAAAUAUUCUUGAAGUUUAAUAACGCAGAAGAUUUCAAGGGCAGAUGUAUUCCACGAAAUGCUGAUCAAUGAUGUGUUGUAAAGGUGUAAGAGUGUGCGUCUGUUAAUACAACUGACACACUGGUUCCUAAGCUCUUAAGACUCCAAGUGUUUAGAAAAAUUAGAACCACAGAAUGUAAAUGCAGUCCUGAAGUCAUAGUUGUUCUGCAGUAUGAGGACUGGUUCUGCAGUGCAAUGACUGGUUGUUCUGCAGUACGAGGACUGGUUCUGCAGUGCAAUGACUGGUUGUUCUGCAGUAUGAGGACUGGUUCUGCAGUGCAAUGAAUGCUUGUUCUGCAGUACGAGGACUGGUUGUUCUGCAGGACGAGGAUUGGUUGUUCUGCAGUACAAAGACUGGUUGUUCAUAUGUGGUAAAAGUUAAACCAGACUAAAGCCUUAAUACCAGUGUUAAUCUGAUACAAAACUAAUGACACUUUCAAUCCAGACUGAAGUUGAUACCAGUUAUUUAUAACUGGUAAUACACUUUUGAACAUUGCAGGGCCAGAAUGUUAAACUUUUCCUAUCAUUUGAUGAACAUUACAGAGCCAGAAUGUUACACUUUUCCUAUCAUUUGAUGAAUAUUACAGGGCCAGAAUGUUAAACUUACACUAUCAUUUAAAAUGACAGGGUCUGGCUAAAAAUGACGGUGAACAUAAUGAACUUACUGGUAUUUUGAAAAAAAAACAAA